AUGGAAGGUAUGGACAAUGUUUCCGGACACGCAGCCCGUAAAAAUAAUGACGGUGAUAAGCUAAUCAAGAUAGCUUUCAGUGAUGAUGAUGAUAAUGCCAAUGAAGAAGAUAAUGUUAUCGGUAACAAUAGUGGUGAUAAUAAUAAUUUUGGAACUAUUGUCAUUAAUUCUGAUCAUGACGAGUCUGAAGAAGAUGAUAAAACCAAAAUUAACAAGUAUUCAAACCUUCAAGAUGAAGAAG